AUGGAGUGGAGCGAGGCGUACUGGAGGCGAUCGUCUGGGGUAUGGGAGCAGGGCGGAGGGGUAUGGGAGCAGGGCGGAGGGGUAUGGAGCAGGGCGGAGGGGUAUGGGAGCAGGGCGGAGGGGUAUGGGAGCAGCAGGGCGGAGGGGUAUGGGAGCAGGGCGGAGGGGUAUGGGAGCAGGGCGGAGGGGUAUGGGAGCAGGGCGGAGGGGUAUGGGAGCAGGGCGGAGGGGUAUGGGAGCAGGGCGGAGGGGGUAUGGGAGCAGGGCGGAGGGGGUAUGGGAGCAGGGCGGAGGGGGUAUGGGAGCAGGGCGGAGGGGUAUGGGAGCAGGGCGGAGGGGUAUGGGAGCAGGGCGGAGGGGUAUGGGAGCAGGGCGGAGGGGUAUGGGAGCAGGGCGGAGGGGUAUGGGAGCAGGGCGGAGGGGUAUGGGAGCAGGGCGGAGGGGUAUGGGAGCAGGGCGGAGGGGUAUGGGAGCAGGGCGGAGGGGUAUGGGAGCAGGGCGGAGGGGUAUGGGAGCAGGGCGGAGGGGUAUGGGAGCAGGGCGGAGGGGUAUGGGAGCAGGGCGGAGGGGUAUGGGAGCAGGGCGGAGGGGUAUGGGAGCAGGGCGGAGGGGUAUGGGAGCAGGGCGGAGGGGUAUGGGCGCAGGGCGGAGGGGUAUGGGAGCAGGGCGGAGGGGUAUGGGCGCAGGGCGGAGGGGUAUGGGCGCAGGGCGGAGGGGUAUGGGCGCAGGGCGGAGGGGUAUGGGAGCAGGGCGGAGGGGUAUGGGAGCAGGGCGGAGGGGGUAUGGGAGCAGGGCGGAGGGGGUAUGGGAGCAGGGCGGAGGGGUAUGGGAGCAGGGCGGAGGGGUAUGGGAGCAGGGCGGAGGGGGUAUGGGAGCAGGGCGGAGGGGUAUGGGAGCAGGGCGGAGGGGGUAUGGGAGCAGGGCGGAGGGGUAUGGGAGCAGGGCGGAGGGGUAUGGGAGCAGGGCGGAGGGGGUAUGGGAGCAGGGCGGAGGGGGUAUGGGAGCAGGGCGGAGGGGUAUGGGAGCAGGGCGGAGGGGUAUGGGAGCAGGGCGGAGGGGUAUGGGAGCAGGGCGGAGGGGUAUGGGAGCAGGGCGGAGGGGGUAUGGGAGCAGGGCGGAGGGGUAUGGGAGCAGGGCGGAGGGGUAUGGGCGCAGGGCGGAGGGGUAUGGGAGCAGGGCGGAGGGGUAUGGGAGCAGGGCGGAGGGGUAUGGGAGCAGGGCGGAGGGGUAUGGGAGCAGGGCGGAGGGGUAUGGGAGCAGGGCGGAGGGGUAUGGGAGCAGGGCGGAGGGGGUAUGGGAGCAGGGCGGAGGGGGUAUGGGAGCAGGGCGGAGGGGUAUGGGCGCAGGGCGGAGGGGUAUGGGAGCAGGGCGGAGGGGUAUGGGAGCAGGGCGGAGGGGUAUGGGAGCAGGGCGGAGGGGUAUGGGAGCAGGGCGGAGGGGUAUGGGAGCAGGGCGGAGGGGUAUGGGAGCAGGGCGGAGGGGUAUGGGAGCAGGGCGGAGGGGUAUGGGAGCAGGGCGGAGGGGUAUGGGAGCAGGGCGGAGGGUAUGGGAGCAGGGCGGAGGGGUAUGGGCGCAGGGCGGAGGGGUAUGGGAGCAGGGCGGAGGGGUAUGGGCGCAGGGCGGAGGGGUAUGGGCGCAGGGCGGAGGGGUAUGGGCGCAGGGCGGAGGGGUAUGGGAGCAGGGCGGAGGGGGUAUGGGAGCAGGGCGGAGGGGGUAUGGGAGCAGGGCGGAGGGUAUGGGAGCAGGGCGGAGGGGUAUGGGAGCAGGGCGGAGGGGUAUGGGAGCAGGGCGGAGGGGGUAUGGGAGCAGGGCGGAGGGGGUAUGGGAGCAGGGCGGAGGGGGUAUGGGAGCAGGGCGGAGGGGUAUGGGAGCAGGGCGGAGGGGUAUGGGAGCAGGGCGGAGGGGGUAUGGGAGCAGGGCGGAGGGGGUAUGGGAGCAGGGCGGAGGGGGUAUGGGAGCAGGGCGGAGGGGUAUGGGAGCAGGGCGGAGGGGUAUGGGAGCAGGGCGGAGGGGUAUGGGAGCAGGGCGGAGGGGGGCGGAGGGGUAUGGGAGCAGGGCGGAGGGGUAUGGGAGCAGGGCGGAGGGGUAUGGGAGCAGGGCGGAGGGUAUGGGAGCAGGGCGGAGGGGUAUGGGAGCAGGGCGGAGGGGUAUGGGAGCAGGGCGGAGGGGUAUGGGAGCAGGGCGGAGGGGUAUGGGAGCAGGGCGGAGGGGUAUGGGCGCAGGGCGGAGGGGUAUGGGAGCAGGGCGGAGGGGUAUGGGAGCAGGGCGGAGGGGUAUGGGAGCAGGGCGGAGGGGUAUGGGAGCAGGGCGGAGGGGUAUGGGAGCAGGGCGGAGGGGUAUGGGAGCAGGGCGGAGGGGUAUGGGAGCAGGGCGGAGGGGUAUGGGAGCAGGGCGGAGGGGUAUGGGAGCAGGGCGGAGGGGUAUGGGAGCAGGGCGGAGGGGUAUGGGAGCAGGGCGGAGGGGUAUGGGAGCAGGGCGGAGGGGUAUGGGAGCAGGGCGGAGGGGUAUGGGAGCAGGGCGGAGGGGUAUGGGAGCAGGGCGGAGGGGUAUGGGAGCAGGGCGGAGGGGUAUGGGCGCAGGGCGGAGGGGUAUGGGAGCAGGGCGGAGGGGUAUGAGCGCAGGGCGGAGGGGUAUGGGCGCAGGGCGGAGGGGUAUGGGCGCAGGGCGGAGGGGUAUGGGAGCAGGGCGGAGGGGGUAUGGGAGCAGGGCGGGGGGGUAUGGGAGCAGGGCGGAGGGGUAUGGGAGCAGGGCGGAGGGGUAUGGGAGCAGGGCGGAGGGGUAUGGGAGCAGGGCGGAGGGGGUAUGGGAGCAGGGCGGAGGGGGUAUGGGAGCAGGGCGGAGGGGGUAUGGGAGCAGGGCGGAGGGGUAUGGGAGCAGGGCGGAGGGGUAUGGGAGCAGGGCGGAGGGGGUAUGGGAGCAGGGCGGAGGGGGUAUGGGAGCAGGGCGGAGGGGGUAUGGGAGCAGGGCGGAGGGUAUGGGAGCAGGGCGGAGGGGUAUGGGAGCAGGGCGGAGGGGUAUGGGAGCAGGGCGGAGGGGGUAUGGGAGCAGGGCGGAGGGGGUAUGGGAGCAGGGCGGAGGGGUAUGGGCGCAGGGCGGAGGGGUAUGGGAGCAGGGCGGAGGGGUAUGGGAGCAGGGCGGAGGGGUAUGGGAGCAGGGCGGAGGGGUAUGGGAGCAGGGCGGAGGGGUAUGGGAGCAGGGCGGAGGGGUAUGGGAGCAGGGCGGAGGGGUAUGGGAGCAGGGCGGAGGGGUAUGGGAGCAGGGCGGAGGGGUAUGGGAGCAGGGCGGAGGGGUAUGGGAGCAGGGCGGAGGGGUAUGGGAGCAGGGCGGAGGGGGUAUGGGCGCAGGGCGGAGGGGUAUGGGAGCAGGGCGGAGGGGUAUGGGAGCAGGGCGGAGGGGUAUGGGAGCAGGGCGGAGGGGUAUGGGAGCAGGGCGGAGGGGUAUGGGAGCAGGGCGGAGGGGUAUGGGAGCAGGGCGGAGGGGGUAUGGGCGCAGGGCGGAGGGGUAUGGGAGCAGGGCGGAGGGGUAUGGGAGCAGGGCGGAGGGGUAUGGGAGCAGGGCGGAGGGGUAUGGGAGCAGGGCGGAGGGGUAUGGGAGCAGGGCGGAGGGGUAUGGGAGCAGGGCGGAGGGGUAUGGGAGCAGGGCGGAGGGGUAUGGGAGCAGGGCGGAGGGGUAUGGGAGCAGGGCGGAGGGGUAUGGGAGCAGGGCGGAGGGGGCGCCAACCGGGGCGGAGGGGGCGCCAACCGGGGCGGAGGGGCGCCAACCGGGGCGGAGGGGGCGCCAACCGGGGCGGAGGGGGCGACAACCGGGGAGGAGGGGGCGACAACCGGGGAGGAGGGGGCGACAACCGGGGAGGAGGAGGCGACAACCGGGGAGGAGGAGGCGACAACCGGGGAGGAGGAGGCGACAACCGGGGAGGAGGAGGCGACAACAGGGGAGGAGGAGGCAACAACAGGGAGGAGAGAAGAAAAGGGUGGAUGA